AUGAGUGACUCAGAUAGUAAUAUCAUGGCAGUGGCGCCCACUAACAUCAAGACGAAACUCGCAGCACCUCGUAAGAAAAAAACUACUGGAGCAUUGAGUAAAGCCACGACUGGCGCUAAGAAGACGCAGAUCAAGAAGGCAAAGGCACCUGCCAAGAAGAAGAAAAAGACUAGCGAUGAUUCGGACAGCGAAGCCUCGGAUGAUGCGAGCCCUGCUUAUGAUGUAAACGACAGCGGCGAUGAAUUAGUACCGGCCACCAGUGCAGACGAUGAUGGCACGCCUAAGCAGAGCAUUGAGCAGAUUUACCAGAAGAAGACACAGCUGGAGCACAUUCUACUGCGUCCUGAUACCUACGUGGGCUCAAUUGAGCAUGUGGAGCAGAAUAUGUGGGUAUUUGACGAGACAAAUAAGCGAAUGGCAAUGAAAAAAAUCAGCUUUGUCCCUGGUUUAUAUAAAAUCUUUGAUGAAAUUAUCGUCAACGCGUGCGACAACAGGCAGCGCGACAAGUCCAUGAACAUUUUGAAGGUCACGAUUGAUGUGGAGAACAACGAGAUUUCCGUCUGGAACAAUGGCAAGGGUAUACCGAUUGUACUUCACAAAGAGCACAAGGUUUAUGUGCCUGAGUUGAUCUUCGGCCACUUGCUCACGGGCAGCAACUUCGACGACAAAAAGAAGAAGACCACAGGUGGACGCAAUGGAUACGGAGCCAAACUUGCUAAUAUUUUCUCUAACGAGUUUGUGGUUGAAACGGCCGAUUCUAGUACGAAACAACGAUACAAACAAGUUUUUGAAAAGAAUAUGAGCAAGAAAAAUCCGCCGUCCAUUACCAAAUGGGCGCAGAAAGAUUUUACAUGUAUCUCGUUCAAGCCUGAUCUGGAACGGUUUAAGCUUACCUUUCUUAAUGACGACAUCGUCUCACUGUUCAAGAAACGUGUGUAUGAUGUCGCAGGCGUCUCAGGUAAAGGACUUAAUGUUUAUCUCAACGGAGAUAAGAUUUCUAUCAAGUCGUUCCCGCAAUACGUUGCUUUGUACCCUGGGCCUCGUGGAUUUGAAGCAGAGACAAAGGGUGAUGAGGACUCGCAUUCAGAAGAAAAUAGAGACGACGACGAUUAUAGUGAGGAGAAGCCGAAAAAGGCCAAGACUAAGCCUUCAAACGUUACGAAGAACGGCGUGAUUUUCGAGAAACCGGAUGAGCGCUGGCAGGUAGGUGUCGGAAUGAGUGAAGAUGGGUUCCAGCAAGUAAGUUUUGUCAACGGUAUUUGUACAACAAAAGGGGGUCAGCACGUUUCGUAUAUUGUGGAACAAAUCACGACAAAACUCGUCAAUGUGCUUAAGAAAAAAAAUAAGGGUGAGGCUGUUAAGCCAAACUACAUCAAGAAUCAUAUGUCUGUUUUCGUGAGCGCGCUGAUCGAUAACCCCGCCUUCGACUCUCAGACUAAAGAAACACUGACAACAAGAGCUAAUAGCUUUGGCUCAACGUUUAAUUUGAGCGAUAAGUUUUUGAAGCAACUUGAGAAAAGUGGUCUCGUAGAGAAAAUUCUCUCAUUUGCUGCAUUUAAGCAAACUGCAGAGCUGCGGCGCAAAGGUGGUGGUAGUGGCAAGCGGUCUCGCCUCACUGGCAUUCCUAAGUUAGAUGAUGCCAAUCACGCUGGUACGGCAAAAAGUAAGGAUUGCACGCUGAUCAUUACAGAAGGAGAUUCGGCUAAAACAGUGGCUGUGGGUGGUCUCGCUGUCGUUGGACGAGACUAUUAUGGAGUCUUUCCAUUACGUGGAAAAAUGCUAAACGUUCGUGAAGCUAGCCACUCGCAGAUUUUAAAGAACGAGGAAAUUCAAAAUGUGGUCAAGAUUCUUGGUCUCAAGUAUGGUCAGACGUACGAGUCUACAAAGGGCUUGCGCUAUGGCCAUUUAAUGAUUAUGACAGAUCAGGACCACGAUGGAAGUCAUAUUAAGGGUCUUGUGAUCAAUCUUAUUCACCAUUUCUGGCCCUCGCUUUUGCAUGUGGAUGGCUUUUUGCAGGAAUUUAUUACUCCGAUUGUCAAGUGCACCAAGGGCCGAAUGAAGGAGGUGUUUUAUACGAUGCCCGAGUACGAUGCUUGGCGUGAAAGAACUAAUCAGGGUCGUGGCUGGAUGAUCAAGUACUAUAAGGGUCUCGGUACGAGUACAGCCGCUGAGACCAAGGAAUAUUUCUCAGAUUUGCCGACGCACCAGAUUGGAUUUACGUACGACGGAGAUGGAGAUGCGGAUGUAAUUGACAUGGCAUUCUCAAAGAAGCGUGUUGAAGACCGUAAGGACUGGCUUCGAGGAUACGAGCCUGGUACCCACGUGGAUUACGAUGUUGACGAAAUGGGCUACACUGAAUUUGUUAACAAGGAGCUUAUUCUUUUUUCCAUGGCCGAUAAUAUUCGCUCAAUUCCUAGUGUCAUGGAUGGAUUUAAGCCAUCUCAGCGGAAGGUGCUUUUCAGCUGCUUUAAACGUAACCUACGGUCGGAGCUUAAAGUGGCGCAAUUGGCGGGUUAUGUGUCUGAACACUCCGCGUACCAUCACGGUGAACAGAGUUUGCAAGGCUGUAUCGUAAAUAUGGCACAAGACUUUGUUGGUAGCAAUAAUAUUCAUCUGUUGUCCCCUAUCGGUCAAUUUGGUACACGUCUGAUGGGCGGUAAGGACGCGGCCAGCGCUCGUUACAUCUUUACUAACUUGGAGCAGCUGACACGCGUAAUUUACGACACCUCGGACAACGAUUGUCUAAAAUAUUUGGUUGAGGAUGGUCAAUCAAUCGAGCCCGAAUGGUACAUUCCUAUAAUUCCUAUGGUGCUUGUUAAUGGUAGUGACGGGAUCGGAACGGGUUGGUCCACCUCCGUACCCAACUACAAUCCUCUCGAUCUCAUCAAGGGCCUACGUCAAUUGAUCAAUGGAGAGGAAAUGAUGCCGCUUACUCCUUGGUAUCGUGGAUUUACAGGUCACAUCGUUGAGAAGACGAACUCACGCGGAUCGGAUAGCAGCAAUUACAUUGUUCAGGGUAUUUACGAAGUUAUAGACGAGAGCACGCUCGUAAUAUCCGAGCUUCCUGUAAAAACUUGGACUCAAACUUACAAGCAAUUCUUGGAGGGGCUUCUCGAAGCUAAUACUAUCAAAGAUUUUAAAGAAAAUCAUACAGACGUUAAGGUGCUGUUCACGAUUACUAUGGAGCCUAAGGCACUAAGUGACAUUAUGAAGGCCCCGGGCGGGAUCGUGAAAAAGUUUAAGCUAGAAUCUUCUCUGUCGACAUCAAACAUGCAUCUCUUUGAUCCGUCCGGACAUAUCAAGAAAUAUGAGAACCCAAAAGAAAUAAUGCAAGAGUUCUACACUAUUCGUUUGGAGUACUAUCAACACCGGAAGACGGCUAUGCUUCAAAAGCUGCAGGAUCAAAUCAAGCUUCUUUCUAACAAGGCCCGUUUCGUUCUUUCUGUUGUAGAAGGCAGCCUUAUUGUGAACAACCGCAAGAAAAAGGAUCUGCUGGAAGAGCUUAUUGCUGAAGGCUACGACCAAAUAGCGCCCAAAUUGAAGAAGAAGACUGACAGUGAGGAGUCGAACGAAUCGGAAGACGAAGAAAGUAAUAUGACAGAUGCUAGCAAAGGCUACGACUAUUUGCUUUCCAUGCGGAUCUGGAGCUUGACAAAAGAACGUGUCGACAGUCUGCGUGCAGAGCUUGAGGACCGUAAAGAUGAGUACACUGUUUUGGAAGGAAGAACAGUGCAAGAUUUGUGGCUCACCGACUUGGAAGCUCUUGAAAAGAUGAUUGUUGAUACCGAAGCAGAGCGAGAGAGAACUUUGUCCCACACUCCGAAAAAAAGGGCCGGUAAGGGCAAAAAGCCUGCUGCGAAGAAAAGAAUGCGAAAGAAUACUACUGGUGGAGACGACGAUGACAAUGAUUAUGACUUCGAAGUCGUGAGCUCACAGGCAUCACGCAAAAAACCAAGAAAUUUAGCUCAAAAGUCCUUGAAGAAGGAACCGUCUACGCGCAAGUCAACCAGCACAAAGGGGACUAGCACCAAAUCAGGCCCCAUCACGUCGUUUUUUAAGCCCAAUAAGCCAUCAGUUCGAGAAGACAGCGAAACAAUUGUUGAAGAGCUUUCGUUGGCAGAACGACUUGCUCGAAGAAUUAAAGUUUCUUCACAAAACGUGUCGGCUGCCUCAACUUCGAAUGUCGUACGUAAAUCAAAACCCGCCGUGACAUUAGAUUUGGCAAGCUCGUAUGACGAAAAUACUAACGUCAAGGACGACGAGGACGUUGAGGAUGAUAUUUUUGCCAUAGAGUCAAUCGAUGCCUCCAAAAAGUUAAAAUCAGCGAAGUCGAAGGUUGCUGCUCAGAAGACAGCUCCGAAAAAGCCAGCGGCACCUAGAAAAUCCAAAAAAGCUAUCCCUGCAAAAAAAUCUAUACAAAAGUCGUCAUUAGAAAAUGAGAGUGAAAACAGCAUGGACGAGAUCAGUGGCGAUGAUGCUGAUCCUUCUCCGGUCGCCCCUCGUCCAAAGCGUGAAUUGCGGAAACAAAAGCGCAUCGUCUACGACGAGAUCUCAAGUGACGAGGAUAAGGAUGAUAAUAAGGAGGAAGAAAGUUUCGCUUUAGAGGAUGACGCUGACGACAGUGAUUUUGAGUGA